AGGAUGUCAAAAACAAUCCGGUUGAACGUGAAUCGGCGUAUUGUGUUGAAAUAAACAGCAGUCUGUGUUUCACAGAUGGUGGGAGUCUGUGGGUUGAUUUGGUCGGAAAAGAAAACACUGGGUGCACCUGGGCCUAAAAACGAAAGGCGGAAUAGUCCCUAGAAUUUGUAGGUACAGGGAUUCUCCUGGAUACUCGACUGCUUGGAAAUUCAGUGAUGGAGUUUGUCUUUGCUACUAGUUAGCACCCAGAUUAUUGUUUUUGUGUCCUCUAUCGAUAUGUCGGAUGACGAUUCAAGGGCCAGCUCUAGCUCCAGUUCCUCCUCUUCUAGCCAGCAUAUCGAGAAAGACAGUCAUGCCAAAGGAAAGAAAAAGGAAAGUAAAGGCGGCUUGAGCAAAAAUUCCAAACUGCUUUCCACCAGCGCCAAAAGGAUUCAGAAAGAGCUGGCAGAUAUCACACUGGACCCGCCUCCUAACUGCAGUGCUGGACCCAAAGGAGACAAUAUAUAUGAGUGGAGGUCAACAAUUUUGGGGCCACCUGGCUCUGUGUAUGAAGGUGGAGUCUUUUUCUUGGAUAUCACAUUUACGGCGGAGUAUCCCUUCAAGCCACCAAAGGUGGCCUUCCGAACAAGAAUUUACCAUUGUAAUAUUAACAGCCAGGGGGUGAUCUGUCUUGAUAUUUUGAAAGACAACUGGAGUCCAGCAUUGACCAUCUCCAAGGUGCUUUUGUCGAUUUGUUCAUUACUCACAGACUGCAAUCCUGCUGACCCAUUGGUCGGAAGUAUUGCCACGCAGUACACAACCAACAGAGCAGAACAUGAUCGAAUAGCCAGACAGUGGACCAAAAGAUUUGCCACAUAAUCCAGAUUUUCACAAGUCCUAAUGGUGUUUCGUCUCCAAUGGAUAGAACUGCUUGAGCUGGGGUGGGGAAAACUUGUGUGUGGGAUGGGGGUGGGUGGGCAGAGUUUCUAUUUACAGAUUUUAUUAAUUCUUUUACUUUUUUUAAAUUAAGAUAUCUUAAGUAGAUGCAGUGUCAGCAAUAAAAUUUAUUAAGCCAGAAAUUGGUGUCUAUCAGUCCUUUUAGUUCAAAGAAUACAGAUGUGCUAUUGUGUGAUGGAGUAGAUUUCAUGCUGAUAGACUUGCACUGGCACUUAUUUGUACAGGUCCACUGUUUGUUUUCAACGCAAGUCUUCUGAACACAGAUGUAUUUUUCUUUUUGUGGAAGUGUAAAUUACAAAUGUUUCAUCUCCUGAAGAGACCGGGGAAAGUGUGAUGGUUAGACUGUUUUGAGUCCCUUAAUUUGCAGAAAAGAAUUCUUAACCAUGAAGUUUUUCAUUAUUUUAAUUUUUCUGGAUAACUGCUUAACUAAAUGCUUUAAGCUGUUAAACUGUUAAGAAUUAUUAGCCAGACAGUGGCUGAAUUAUGUAUUGUUAACUACAGAAGUUUCCAUUUGUUACUGUGCCAUUAAAUUACCUCCUCACAAA